AUGUGUGCCAAGAAAAUCAGAGAGUGCAAACAAAAACAAGAGAAGAACAGAAAGUCUAAGAAAUCAUCUCAAAACAUUGCACAGUCAACAGCAAAACAUCCACAAGACCAAAUUCAUCCAGUUUCAGAUUCAAGUAGCAACAGUGACUACAUUGUCAUCAAUAGUGAACUGAAUCCUCAUGCUAAGACAUUUAUCCCAAAUUCACCUAGCGACGCACCACCAACAUCUGUGCAGAGUCAAAUGGUGAAGAGGACUCUCAAGAUUCACCAGAACAUGCUGGGAGUAUUGAUGAUGCAAACAGUGACAGCAGUAGUAACAGUUAUGAUGCCUCGUAAGAAGUACUGGAAGAAGAGCACUUCCAAGAAAGAGUUACAGACUGACAAGACUGAGGAGACUGGCCUCAUGAAAAACAGUAAAACAGUGUCUGACCUGGACUUCACUGAGGAGACUGGCCUCUUUAAAAACAGUAAAACAAUGUCUGACAUUAGAAUGACUGAGGAGACUGGCCUCGUGAAAAACAGUAAAACCAAUGUUGACCCUGAGGAGCCUGCCCUCAGCUUCCCAGAAAAUGAUCAGUUGCAGAAAAAGUUUUACAGAAUGGAUGAAAACCUACCAUCAACAAUAAAACCAAACUCUCAAAUUGAAUCCAGGAAAACAUAUAUGAGAGAAUACAUGAAGAAAAAGAGACAGAAUGAAGAAUUCAAACAUGUUGAAAGAAACAAAGAUGCCAAGGCCAAACAUAUGAAAAGACAAGAUGAUGAUGUAAGAAAUAAAAAAAAUCAAAGGGAAACUGCAAGAAAAGUGAAAAGACAGAAUGUUGAAGUAAAAGACAAAGAAAACAAGAGGGAAACAACUGCAAGAACAAUGAAAAGACAAAAUGAAAUGCUGAACAAUAAACAAAGGAAACAAGAUAAAAGAAUAGAUGAAGAAUACUGUAACAAAGAAAGUGAAAGAAAUAGGCAAAGACAGUUUGGAAUACACAUACAGGAUUGCAUCAUCAAUUUUCAUGAAAAGAUAAAACAUGGUCCAGUUUUUGUAUGCUCAUGUUGUCAUCAAACAUGGUUCAAAGAAAGUGUUUUAAAAGUGCAAAACACAAAUUUGGAUGACUUAAGUAAAAUCAAAUAUCUUACUGGUAUUAUUUCUGUUGGAAAUGCAGAGUGGAUUUGCAAUACUUGCUAUUCAUCAAUUAGAGAAGGAAAAGUACCCAAGCUGUCUGUUCUAAAUGGUAUGAUAUGGCCACCUAAGCCAAGAGAAUUGAAUUUGUUUCCAUUAGAAGAAAGACUAAUAUCACUUAGAAUUCCUUUCAUGCAAAUUAGAGAGUUACCAAGGGGUGGACAAUAUUCUGUGAAAGGAAAUGUUGUGAAUGUUCCUGUGGAUAUUCAACCUACGGUAAAUAGCUUGCCUAGAAAGAUGGAUGAAAAUAUCACAGUUCCUGUUAAGUUAAAGAAAAGGCUUUGUUACCAAAAAUGUGAUUAUCAUGAAAAUGUACGACCAGCAAAAGUACUGAUGGCAUUACAUUGGCUUUUGAACAACAGUGACUUCUAUAAGAAUGCAAACAUUAAUGUUGAUGAAAAUUGGUUUCAAGAAAUCACAUCUUCAGCAAAUGAAAUCAUUCAAGAAUUAGUUCAAACACAGACAAGAAGAGAUCAAAAUAUUGAUAAUAUUGAGACAGAUUAUGAUGAUGAUGAAUUCUGUGAAGUAGAUGGAGUUGGUAGGGAUGGUAAUUGUGAUACUCUGUUAGAUGACGCUUCUCGAGAUAUGAAUCAGAUAUACACCUUUGCUCCAGGAGAAGGACAACGGCCCAUUAGUUUAUAUCAAGAUCCCACUGCAGAAUAUUUAUCAUUUCCAAGAAUAUUUUGUGGAAAGGGAAGAUUACAAGAUGAUGAAAGACAAGUUCAUGUUUCGUAUGCAGAUAUAGCUAAAUGGGAAUUGAGAAGUGUUGAUAGACGUGCUGCCCAGUCUGUUCCAAAUUUGUUUUUCAAGUUGAAAAAAAUACAAAUGAAGCAAGUUACAGACAAGUGCAACCUGGCUCUUAGGAAAUGCAAAACCAAAGGAAAAUCCAUGACAGCAAAUGAAAUGAAAAAUCUUGAAAAUGUGAGUAAUCUUAUUAGACACAAUGAAGGUUUCUUUGUCUUUAGACAGUUACGAAAUUCACCUGCAUAUCUUGAGACUAGAAAAAAAGAUGUAUUUGCUAUGAUCAGACAGCUAGGUUUACCAACAUGGUUUAUAUCACUGUCUGCAGCUGAUACAAGAUGGAAUGAUCUCAUCAGAGCACUUGGAGUGUUAAAUGAUGGAAAAGAAUACACUGAUGAAGAAAUUGAUAACAUGUCAUGGUUUGAAAAAUCAAAAUUGGUACAAAAGGAUCCUAUCACAUGCACUAGGUACUUUGAUCAUAGGUUCCGUAUGUUUGUGAACUUGGUGUUGAGGAGUGACCACCAUCCAAUUGGCUUUGUAAAAGACUUCUUUUAUAGAAUUGAAUUUCAGCAAAGAGGGUCACCACAUGUUCAUAUGAUAGUUUGGAUAGAAAAUGCACCAAAAUAUCAUGAAAAUAAUGAAAAGGAGAUAGUAAAUUAUGUAGAUAAAUACCUCAAAUGUGAAAAGAAUGAAGAGGAUGAUUUGACAGGCUUACAAGUACACAAACACUCACAAACAUGCAAAAAGAGAGGUAAAGCUGUAUGCAGAUUUGGCUUUCCCCUUCCUCCUCUUGAAGAGACUUUGAUUUUGGAGCCACUAGAGUGUAAUGUUGACAAAUACAGGGAAAUGUAUGAAGAAAUUCAAAAACAGCUAAAUGAUAUGAAAAAUGGAUGUGAUUUGUCCUACAAGGAACUCCUGAGCACAGUACUAAAGAUAUCUGAGGAAGAUUACAUUAAAUGCAUUAGAAGUUCACUGAGAGGUCCAAAGGUUUUUCUAAAGAGAAGGCCAUGUGAUAUGAGGGUAAACUCAUACAACAGUGUUGUUCUUGAUGCUUGGAAAGCUAACAUUGAUAUUCAGUAUAUUUUGGACCCAUAUGCAUGUGCAAUGUAUAUUGUUUCAUAUAUAAGUAAAUCUCAAAGAGGGAUGAGCGAUUUACUUAACAGAGCUGCAAAGGAGGCUAGAGAAGGAAAUCUUGACAUAAAAAGACAGAUACGUCAUAUUGGAAAUCAUUUUCUCAACAGUGUAGAAGUUGGAGCACAAGAAGCAGCAUAUUUAGUAUUACAAAUGCCAAUGACGAAGGCAUCAAGAGAUGUUGUUUUUAUCAACACAAGUCCAUCAGAUGAUCGAGUAAUUCUCAUCAAAACAGAUGCUGAAUUGGAAAAGUUGACACCAAAUUCAACAGAUGUGGAAUGCAGCAAUGUUAUUAAACGGUAUGCAAAACGCCCAAAACAACUUGAGAACUGGUGUUUAGCUGAUUAUGUAUCACAACUAGAUGUUGUUUUCCCUAAAGAUAAUGAACAAGAGUUCACUGAAAAUGAAGUGAAUGAUGAUGAUGAUCAGGACAACAAAUCACAUGAUGAAGAUGAAUCAGAUCUUGAUUUCGGUGAAACUGAUACACUUGUUACUCUGAGAAAUGGCAUAAAGAUAAGACGACGAAAAGUACCCAGGGUAAUUAGAUAUGUGCGGUUUAGUAUCAAAACUGAUCCAGAAAAUUACUAUAGAGAAAAACUGAUGUUGUUUAUGCCUUGGAGAAAUGAAUCCAUCGAUCUUAUUUCAGGAACGAACACAUUUGAGAUGUCAUUUCAUCUGAAGAAGUCAUUUCUUACACACAAGGUCAAGGAAUAUGAAUUCAAUGCUGAACAGCUUGAUGCAGCUUUGCAAAUGGCAAUUGAGGAUUUUUCAGAAGCUUUUGAUGAAUUGGCACCAAAUGCUCAACAAAGAGAAGCAGAAGAUGAGAAUGAGGGAUCUCUUGAAUCUGAAAACUUUAUUCAGUUUAAUCCUGAGAGGCCUAUUGAACAGAGACAGUAUGAUAUAGGAGCUGAUAUUGGCAUUCCAUCUACAAGACAAAUAACAGAAGAAAGUUCUGUAAGAUUACCAGACAGUGAAUACUUGAAACUUUUAGAAAGUCUAAAUGUAAAGCAGCGGGAAUUUUUCAAUCAUGUCUUGCAGUGGGUCAAAACAAAGACAUAA